AUGUCGAAUACUGACAGCGAUUUUCUUGCUAAAAAGCGUGAAAAGAUCAUCAUAGAUACUGAUCCUGGCAUUGGUAAGAUUUUCCUCUUCCUUAAAGUUAAGUUGAGAAGAAAUGCAUUAAUUUUGUGUGAGACUGAAGGAUAUCCAGAUAUCCCAGUGGCAGAGGGUAGCCUUGAAUCUUUGAAGAGAGGGGAGCCACAUGUUGCGGACUUUGUUCGUGGUUCCGACGGAUUAGGCAACUUAUGUUUACCUGCUCCAAAUUCUAAGAAAAUUGAGAAAUCUGCAUCUGAAUUUCUGGUUGAUAAAGUAUCCGAAUAUCCUGGUGAAGUAUCUAUACUUGCACUAGGACCACUGACUAAUCUGGCUUUGGCUGUUAAAAGGGACUCAACCUUUGCAAGCAAGGUGAAGAGGGUGGUGAUACUUGGUGGUUCCUUCUUUGCUUUGGGAAAUGUUAAUCCUGCUGCAGAAGCAAAUAUAUAUGGGGAUCCAGAGGCUGCAGAUAUUGUGUUUACCUCAGGAGCAAAUAUUGAUGUUGUUGGUAUUAACAUUACUACACAAAUCAAAAUGACAGAUGCUGACCUUGACGAACUGAGGCAAUCCGACGGAAAACAUGUCAAAUUAUUGUGCAACAUGUGCAAAUUUUACCGAGAUUUUAAUGUAAAGUCAGAUGACUAUUAUGGAGUUUUUCUUCACGAUCCUGUCACUUUUGUGGCACUACUUAGACCUGACCUCUUCUCGUACAAGAAAGGCGUUGUACGGGUUGAGACACAGGGCAUUUGCGUUGGGUACACGCUCUUGGACAAAGGACUAAAGAAAUGGAAUACAAGCAAUCCGUGGACAGAGUGUUCUCCAGUUUCAGUUGCAUGGACAGUUGACGUGGACAAAGUUCUGAAUUAUAUCAAGAAAACCUUAAUGAAACCUUGAAUAUCAUAUGAUAUUCUCAUCCCUGUACCAUAGCAAUCCUAUUCUUGAAUUGAGGAAUGCAUUUUCUGACUUCUGGUAUCCAUUGUUUUUGGUCCUCUUUAUCUCUUUUCUUCCUUAUAUAUACAUUUGAUAAACCGCAGUUGUGGGGAUGUAGAGGGCUUUAUUUAAACUGCAUUCUGUACUGAAAUUUGGGCAUGAUAUGCCCCAUGUACACAUAUUUAUGUUGAAGCUGAAAGUAAAAGAGUUUAUCCACUUUGAUGAUGAAAUCCCUUGAUUCUUGGUCUUCA